CAAUAUCGCUACACAUGUCUUACACUGCCCCAUGUGCAUACACUCUCGACCAUGCGUGUGCCCCACGCCCCCUGAGCUAACCGCUAAAUGUUGGCAGAUCACAUGACCCUUUGCACGUCACUCCAGCAGUCUGCUGCCGGUGUUAGCCUAGACGGGCUCUUGGCGGCAGCUUCCUUAUGGCAGUUAAUAUGAUAAUUUUGUCCUUAUGACAGCCUUAUAGCGGUCUUACCCAUCGUAAUAGGAGUCGAUACAGGAGCAGUCGAUUGAAGACAGGAGGAUUUGAAAAGAAAAAGCUCUGGUGCAUUAUACAUCGUUGCCUGGCAAAUCUUGAUUGCUAUGGACCUAAUUGCCUGCCUGUCACGAUCACAGUCUAGGAAAGGGUUAACGUCCGAUAACAUUUCCCACUUGGAACAAGUGUUCAGCGAUGCGGUCGGACCAAACGAGGAACUCCACCUGGCCCAGUUCCAGGCGAUCCUGCAGUCCAGGAACGGGUUCUUCGCCGAGCGAAUGUUCCACGUCUUCGAUACGGAUCAUUCGGGUUCCAUUUCACUGCAAGAGUUCAUCGCCUCCGUGAGAAGGUUCGCCAGUCGGUCGCAGGAUGAUAAGUUGGAACUGCUCUUCACCUUGUAUGAUGUGGACGGUGAUGGUCUGAUUCAGAUGGAGGAGCUACGUGAUGUGAUUCGAGCAUGCAUGGAGGAGAACGAACUGCACUUCAGCGAUGUUCAGGUUGAUGCCUUGACGCGCGUUCUGUUUGAAGAUGCUGAUACGGACUAUACGGGAUCAAUUAGCUUCGACGAAUUUCGAGCUCAAUUGCAGAAGCGUCCGGGACUGUACGAGAACCUCACUAUAAGCAUCGAGCGCUGGAUGCUACCUCCGAAGCCAGAGAAACGCAGACGCUUCGAAAGCUUCUCCUCCAGGCUAUCGUGGCCGAAGAAGCUGACACGAGAGUACGUUCGGAACAAUGUUGUCAGCGUCGGUUUCUGCGUCUUCUAUCUGUCCCUGCACGCGGCCAUCUUCGUCAGCCGCAUGAUAUCGGAAUGGCUGAAGCACGCGGACAUCACCAGGGAGAUCAAAGAGUUCUGGAAUGAGUACAACGGGAUCGAGACGCUGGCACUGGCUGGUAGCAACCUAACCCUCAUAGUGAUGGGGACGAGUGGUGCGGUGGAAGGCGCUGAAGUGGAAUGGCGUCCGACUCCUCCGGACAUGGGGCUGCACAGCGACUACGAACUGCUGGCUAGAGGAUUCGGACAGCUCCUGAACUUCACUUGCGUGGUGACCAUCUUGCCCGUCCUGCGCAUGUGCACCACCUGGCUAAGGAGCCACGGUUUCAGCCGGUUCCUUCCUCUGGACCACCACAUCUACUACCACAAGCUCACAGGAUACUUCAUCCUUUUCUAUAGCAUCGCGCACACCGUGGCUCACCUCCUCAACUUCGCGAGGCUCUCGAAAGGUGACAUGUACGUGUACAGCCUGUACCUCUUCACUACGCAACAUGACAUCGGCUGGGUUGGCGGAACGGCUUGUAUCACAGGGUGGGCUCUCCUCGCCAUUCUUCUGGUCAUGGUACUCUGCUCCUUGCCCUGUGUCAGGAGGAGCGGUAGGUUUGAGGUCUUCUACUAUUCUCACCUGCUCUACGUGCCCUUCUGGUUCUUCCUCAUUCUGCACGGUCCCAAUUUCUGGAAGUGGUUCCUCGCCCCUGGCCUUGUGCUGGUAUUCGAAAUGCUCGUACGCGCCGGACGGUUCUUAAGCGAUUACGGCCAAACAACUGUCAUGAAGGGCGUAGUUCUUCCGUCAAAGGUAACCCACCUGGUCCUGAAGCGGCCUCCGGACUUCUUCUAUCAUCCUGGAGACUACGUUUUCCUGAAUAUCCCGACCAUUGCGAAAUAUGAAUGGCAUCCUUUUACAAUCAGCAGUGCACCAGAAAAAGACGGAGUAAUAUGGCUGCACAUCCGGUCGUACGGUGAAUGGACCAACCACUUGUACCAGAUGUUUGACGGGUUCCGCAAGGAAGCAUCAAAGCUCGGGCCCUCGGCGCAGCUAAGAGGAUCAACACUCGAGAUGCAACGAUUUGACCCCAGGAGUCUGGAACACAUGGGCCAUUGCUUUCGCGACAUGGAGAGCGUGGUGCUCAUGCCGCACGGAAACGCCCCGAGGGAGUCUUGCGCUUUCCUCAACGUCACAAACGAGCUCGAGACUCUCAUGGAAGAAGGAGAGAUAAUCACACAUAGGACUGGAGAUUACUUGAAUGUCAUCAUUGCCAAAGACCCACUCGUGGUCCGCAUCGAUGGACCUUAUGGAUCACCGUCCAGUCACAUAUUCCAAGCUCAGCAUGCUGUCAUGGUAGCAGCCGGCAUUGGUGUCACGCCGUUUGCGAGUAUUCUUCAAAGUAUUAUGUACAGGUACUACCAGGCCAGAUCGACUUGCCCAAAGUGCAGUCAUUGUUGGGUCGCAAAAAAACCGCAGUCCUUCAUGAAGCUUAGGAAGGUGGACUUCAUCUGGAUCAACAGGUCCCAAGAGUCACUGGAAUGGUUCGUGCGCCUCCUCAGCGAGUUGGAGAUGGAGCAAGCCAUGUUCGGCGAUGUCCUCGAACGGUUCUUAGACAUUCAUAUCUACAUCACGUCCGCCUUGGACCGCACGGACAUGAAGGCUGUCGGUCUUCAACUGGCCUUGGACCUUUUGCACGAACGGGAUAAACGAUGCUUCAUAACGGGACUCAAGACCAGGACGCAACCAGGACGUCCCAACUGGGACCAGGUGUUUCGCGACCUAAAAGCGGAGCAGAAGGGGAAGAUUACAGUCUUCUACUGCGGUCCGCCGUCGUUGGGUCAAAUCUUGCAUGACCACUGCAACAAGAACGAUUUUUCCUUCAGGAAGGAAAUCUUCUGAUAUCUGCCCUAUUUUUCUUUUUUUUUUUUACUGCUUUGCAUGCCUUUUUAAUAUUUCUUUACAAGGUUUUAUUUGCAUGCAAUUGUUUUAAAGAUGUCCUGUCGUGGCACGUACUGCUUAUUUACAAUAAAGUAUCGAAUGUUAUG